AUGUCAGAAGGUUCUCGGAGGAGUGGGCGGAGUGGUAGAGUGGUCAGUGUUACUCUAGGUAGCGGCGAGAUACGUUUCUUCUUCAUCACACAGUUGGUGGUAAGAAGAGAGGAAAGUGUUGACUUGCGCAGAGCUAGAAUGAAGCGGUCUGUCGAAGAAGAAGAGAAUCAGUCAGAUACUUCUCUUCAGGGAAGUGAUGGAAGUGAUGUGGACAGUAAAUAG